UAGAUGGGCGUGACUUCGCCACUAUAAGAACUGCAGGAACAUGCAACUCGUCCAACAUGGCAACCAGGUGGGGAAUCUGCAGCACUGGGAGGAUCAGUCAUGACUUCACUGUGGCUCUGAAGACCCCUCCUCAUGAAGACCACCAGGUUGUGGCUGUGGCAGCUCGUAAAUUAGAGGAUGCACAGCAGUUUGCCACAAAGCACAGCAUCUCCCGAGUUUACGGCAGCUAUGAGGAGCUGGCCAGAGAUCCAGACAUAGAUGUUGUGUACAUUGGAGUUUACCACCCCUACCGUCUGCUGCUCUUCACAAAUGCCAAGAAGAACGUGCUGUGUGAGAGGGAGGUGAAGGAGAUUCUGUCCUCUGCCAAAAGGAAUUAUGUCUUUCUCAUGGAGAUGCACUGUCCAUUCUGUGGGUCCAGCGUGACAGCUCCCCAUGGUGUUUGUGGUGUCUGUGGCAGAGACAUCACGUUUCUAAAGGAUGUGGCUAACAAAGUCCCAGAGGAGAUGCCCACCACUAGUGCACAUCUAAGUGCACAGCCUAGCACCAGUGCAGCAGGAAGCUCAGCUGUAGUGUCCUUAUAUAGGGAAAUAAAAAAGAAACAGAAAAUAGUGAAGAUUUCUGUUGGAGUAAUGAGGAUGAUGGAUGGCUUCCUUAUACCUGUGAGAGGGAGGUCACUUCCCCUUGAUGUCGAACCUCAAUGGUCAUGUCAAGAACUGUUGACUGCUGCCAUAAAAAAGCAGAAAGCUUUUAAACAGGUCGUGGAAGAUGGUGCCCAUGUUUUGUUAUACCCUGAUGCGAGGGAGAUUACAAAUAUACCCGGAACGGACAUCCCUUUCACAGUGGAGAUGUACAAAAAUGCCAGUGGAAAGGCCUACCGACGAAUUGCGUUGUACAUCUGUACUGUUGAAGACUUUGAAAACAGUUGUGUCGCGUACUGCGCCCGGCAAAUUCAGGUCCUGAAGGACCCUGAGGUCAUGAGCCAGCGGGUGGAAUACAAGGAUACCAUGGAAGAACUCUACAAACUGGGACUUAAGCCCGCUUUGCUCUUCCCCGCUCAGCUUCGCCUCACACUGUCCGGUGGAGGCAAAAAGUGGAUCGGCUCUGUGGAGGAAGCAAAGAAGUACAUCGCCACCCUCCAGAAGUCAUCGGAACCGCAAAAGUGACCUUGUGCCUGUGCCCGGGAGAUGAGUGGAAGCCAUCUCUGCCGUCAGUGUUGUCUCUCUUGAACUUUCAAAUAAAUGUGGAUUAAUGCCA